CAUCCAGAACCAUAACCAGUCAGAACCAGCAGGAUGUUCAGGUACACGCCUCCCUGGCAGGUUCUGUGUCACAGUCUGGACCAGGAGACCAAGAGACUCUUGGUGGGCAACCAUCGGGAUGUUUUGACUCUUCCAACUUCUCAGUCAUCGAGCUCUGUUCAUCAGUUAGAAUCUCCACCACCCACUGGUUCCUCCACGCCCCCUGCAGCCAUGAACAGCACUCCAAAGAGGUGGGUGCUGAAGCCUCUGUCCCCCCUGCUCCAACCAUCAGACCUGCGCACCAUUGCUGGAACUGCCCCAGACCUGGAUAACCUGGACUCUGCCCUUAGGAGCAUCUCGGUGUCUCGCAGUCAAUCUUCAGUAGUUGUCUCCUCCAUGCAGGGCGGCGGGUCCCAGGAUGUAGUGGUUCAAGCCCGGCAGAUCGCCGUGUCAGAGGAUGGAGGGAAUUCCAGCGAUGAGUGGCAUCCCAGCAGCCCCAACAGUCCCAGCAGCAGCUCUGGCUCUCACUGCGGGUUUUACUCCUUUGUGGAGGACCCUGCAAGUCCUGAGGCUGAGCUGAAUGAAGCCUGGAUGGUCUCACCCCAGCGGCAGGCUCAGCUGGCCACCCUGAAGGAGGAGAAGGGCUUCAAACUACAGACCUAUACCAGCAGCAGAAAGCCUGAGAGUCUGUUCUCAGAGAGCAAUGGAGACUUGCAGUACAAGGUGGAUCUAAGCAAUGGAAUCAAAGUGGUUGAUAAGGAAGAGGAGAAGGAGCUUCGUAAGGAGAUCAUUCGCACACAAGCCCCCAAGAAUAACACAGUGUUCCAGGACCAGCUGAGCCCUCAGGAGGAUCUGAGCCGGUCUACAAGCAAACUGAUAGAAGGUUUCAGUUUAAGCUACAGCCCAGUCAGUUCCAGACCAGAACCCCCUCGGCCCACUGAUCCCGGAACCAUCAGCAAGGAGCAGAUCAACUUCAACGCAGUCCGACAACAGUUUCUGAAGAUGGAGCAGGACCGGCUGAAGGCUCUCCUCAGUCCUCUGAAGUCCCCAAGAACACACCUAAAGUCAUCUUUGCAGCCAGAUCCUGAUGUAAUCGCACCAAAGAAGGUGGAGACAUAUGAAAGGGUGGAGGUGAGUAAUGAUGCAGCACAGUUUAAACCACCUGAAGAAGAUCAGACAUAUCCACAGAGGAAGGUGAUGUUGUUCCGGACUGAGGAGAGUCUGAGCAGGCAAAGUAGUGUUUUCGAUGACCUGGACUCUGGACUGGAGGAGCUAUCAGGGGAGGUGGGCGGUGGCUACACCAGCGAUGAUAAUGUGUUCAACAAUAAUAUUGAGCAGCAAAACAGAGCCAGCAAAUCCAUGAGUGCCUGUGAGACCCCAAUUGAAAGGGAGAUCCGGUUAAUUCAGGAACGUGAGGAGAACCUGCGCCGCUCUCGAGGCCUGAAGCAUAGCGACAGUUGGGGAGAGAUGAUUGAGUUCAAAACCAAACGUUUACAGCCGCGACCGAUGCCGAUCAGAACCAAAGAGAAGACCCGAGUGAGCUUCAUCGUCCAGAGCGAGAUCCAAAAGGAUAACCAGGUUAAGGAGGAACCUGAGCAGCUAGAUCCUCCACAGGAGAUUGAGGACAUCAGAACGGAGCCUGACCCACUAAACAAGGACCAGUGGGCAGAGGAAAGCCCUCAGUCUGAGUCUGAAACAGGCGAAGUCUUCCCAUCUCCUUGCUGUCCUCAUCGACACCCCGAAGAGCACAAAUUUAGCCAGAUAAGUCCAGUUUCCUCCUCUGUCACUGAGACAGACUCUGGCGUCCAGGAGAAAAGACGUUUCCACCAGGAUCGAGUAUUUUCUUUUUCCUCUUCUGCCUCCCCAACAUUGACACCUCAAGCUGAAACAGUCCCUCAAUCUCGGAGGGAAAACCUGGAGUCCACCAGCGUGCAGUACAGAGGAAGAGGAGCUCCAGACUUCAUUGAGAAAGAAAUCGAGGAGGCUCUAAAACGGGAGCAGGAGUUGAAGGAGCUGAGGGAGUCCAGGAAGGAAGCCAAACAGCAGCUGUUCUCUCCAGCUCCUCUAGUGGAACAAGCAACCCAGAUGGCUGUCAGUCAGUUCUACCCCCCAAUAAACACAGAAAAAGCAGUCAGCGUGCCAUCUCCUCGUCCCUCCCUCCGUCUGCCUUCCAUCUCCUUCAUCACAGCUCAGCCCUGGACCUCCUCUUCUCCCUCCCCCUCCUCCCCCACGGCACUCCGGUCGCCCUCCCUGACCGUGCGAGGUCUGACGGAGACCCUGCUGCAGGACUUUGAGGACUAUCGAGCCAAACUGAAGCUGGAGGAGAGUGCAUAUGCAGGGAUCCAGCUGGUCGAUGACAUCAAUAAUGAGGUCGUGGAGUCAACUCGGGUCACUCGACAUAAAAACCAGCGAGCUCUGCUCUGGGAGGCUGGACAAUUUGCCAACCAGGGGAACCAGUGAGACCACCUGAUUCAAAAAUUGGACCAGGCCUCCAGGAGCAGGGCCAAAGGAUCCUAGGAAGGCUGGACUGACUCCUUCUUUCAGCUGAGGUUCAGCAGAUUUUAAAGUUAGACUCGCCAACAGAAAAGGCUGCUGCUGAUUGGUCCUUGAUGAAUGUGCCCCCUCUCCUCAUCCAAUCAGCUGUGGGUUGCUUAGAGCCUAAGACAGAGACAACAUGUCUGAUUCAUGUAGAGAAAUAAAGAGUUCCAGUGUUUAUCUGCAGACUUUUAAUCUGACGCAGCAGCACAGGAAGUUUGAUUGUUUUCAUGAUGCAUCAAAAAUAAAAAUGAUUUUCAGUCC